AUGAGGAAGCUCGCUGCGGGCUUCCUUCUCUCACUCCUGAAGGUGCUGCUCUUGCCUUCGUCAGCUGCCCCAGGCCAGGAUUCCAUUUCGGCCUCCACUCCCGGCAGCCCUCUCUCCCCCAAUGAAUAUGAACGCUUCUUCGCACUGCUGACCCCCACCUGGAAGGCAGAGACUACCUGCCGUCUCCGCGCAACUCACGGCUGCAGGAAUCCCACCCUCGUCCAGCUGGACCAAUAUGAGAAUCACGGCUUGGUGCCCGAUGGCGCUGUUUGCUCCGACCUCCCUUAUGCCUCUUGGUUUGAAUCCUUCUGCCAGUUUACUCAGUACCGUUGCUCCAACCACAUCUACUAUGCCAAGAGGGUCCGAUGCUCCCAGCCAGUCUCAAUUCUCUCACCUAACACUGACAAAGAGAUAGAUUCUUCCACUGAAGCCCAGCCCACCUCAAUGACCUCCCCAGCGUCAUCCCACAAUACAGCCACGGAACGGCAGGCCUUCCAGCCCUGGCCUGAACUGCUCAACAACAAUGUGGAGGAGCUGCUGCAAGCCUCCAUGUCCCUGGGAGGCCCCGAGCGAGUGGCAGAGCACAAGCAGGAUCAAGGGCAGGAGCACAAGCAGGAUCAAGGGCAGGAGCACAAGCAGGAUCAAGGGCAGGAGCACAAACAGGAUAAACAGGAGGAAGAGCAGGAGCAAGAGGAACAGGAAGAGGAGGACGAAGAAGAGGAGGAGGAGGAGGAGGAGGAGGAAGAGGGGAAGCAGGAGGAAGGACAGGGGACGGGGGAGGGACUUCGUACCUUGUAUGGGCUACAGACAGACACGGAGCCCAAGCACCAGGCUGGUUUAUCUUUCAACCCUUUCUCCUUCACUGCCCGUGUACGGGAAGUGGCGUCUACACCUAUGAUGAUAGAUAACAUCCAAGAGCUUAUUCGAUCUGCCCAGGAAAUGGAGGAAAUGGGUGAUACGUAUGAGGAAGACUCUGUUUGGAGAAGCCAAAACUCGGGCAGCCUCUUGCAGCUGCCCCAUGUGGAAGCCUUACUGGUGAUGUGCUAUUCUAUUGUGGAGAACUCCUGCAUCAUGACCCCCACAGCCAAGGCCUGGCAGCACUUGGAGGAUGAGGUCCUUGGUUUCGGGAAGACGGUCUGUGACAGCCUCGGGCGGCACCACCUAGCUAUCUGUCCCCUCUGUGCCUUCUGCUCCCUGAAGCUGGAGCAAUGCCAAUCGGAGUCCAACUUGCAGCGGCAGCAAUGUGACAAGUCCCACAAAACUCCCUUCGUGAGCCCCUUGCUCUCAUCCCAGAGCAUGUCCAUCGGCAUCCAGAUGGGAACCCUAAAAUCGGGCCGCUAUUAUGGGCUGGAUUUUUAUGGCGGGCUCCGCAUGGACUUCUGGUGUGCCCGACUAGCCACGAAGGGCUGUGAAGAUAGUCGAGUAGCCGGCUGGCUCCAGAUGGAGUUCCUUAGCUUCCAUGAUGGAGAUUUCCCCACCAAGAUUUGUGACACAAACUAUGUGCAGUACCCGAACUACUGUGCCUUCAAAAGCCAACAGUGUCUGAUGAGAAACCAGGACCAGAAGGUGUCCCGUAUGAGAUGUCUGCAGAACGAGAGUUACACUAUCUUGUCUCCAGCCAAAAGUGAGGACCUUGUGCUUCGAUGGAGCCAGGAAUUUAGCACCUUGACUCUGGGCCAAGUCGGAUGAGCUGGGGUUCUUCCUGUCUCCACCCCAACCUGCACUUUCUACAUUCUCCAUUGCUUUUAGACUCCAUUUGUCAUCAGUUUGCUUUCAGGCUGCCCCUUUUUGGUCUCUUACCUUGAUCCUUACUCACAUUUUUGUUGGGUCAGGGAAACAGUCCCAGAAAGGUUCGUGAUGGAAACUCCACCCACCUUAAAGGAUGUCUUUGCAUAAAGUGUUUAUU